GAUUUUUGCGAUAUUUCUACAUACCAAGUUUUAUGAUAUACUUUAAGAAUGGUUUUUUGGACCAAAUUUACAACUUACUCACUGCGAACUCUUUGGGAACUGUGGGUGCACGCUCAAUCACGUCCUACUGUAAGCCCCGCUUCUGCUGUUAAAGAGCAAACCAUCGCAUCCCGCCCUGGCGUCCCCAACAAUAAACAGAGACAAAGCGACGAACGCGCAAAGCAGGGCGGCGCGGUUUCAAGGCAAGACAUGUAAAUGCCAUGUCUCGAGGGCCGCCUCCGUCCCAACUAUGCCUUUUAUCGUCGAUUCCUGAUCAGCCGGCCGGGCUAAAGGUCAGGUUUCUUGGUUGUGUGACUGGAUACGCUACAGAAACUGGUAUCUUGAGCCUAGGACAUUUAUACCCCGCCGGCACCGACGUCACUGUGGCCGUGGAUGUGCAGCUGGUUCUGCAUCGGUUAUCAAGCGACGACAUCCAGGUUGGCCAGUGGCUCAACGUGAUAGGCACAGUGGAGAGGAAGAACAAGAAGAGCAAAUCUCCAGCUCGUGUACAAGCGCUGUUAGUGUGGUCAACCAACGGCCGGUUUGACUUGGAAGAGUAUGAGGCCUUGGUUAGUAGCCAGACCACGCGGGUGCCAUAGUUACUACAGGACCAGAGCGUAGCAUCAAUUAAUCAAGUAAAGACGUGUUCGUGAGGGGGAAACCGUUGCAGUGACCACCUAAGCGAAUAGAUAACAUCAGUGUGCAUAUCAAGUAUACUGGUUUGUAUUAUAUUUCUCUAUGCAAUAUUAAACCUGCUUAUCUCGCCCACCUCCUCUCCUGGUGUGCAGCCAUUUCGUCACAG